UGGAAGACCAGUGUGACUGUGAAGCCUUUUGCAAUGAUGGGUCCUCUGAUUCAGAUGCGUAUUAUUAUGCCCUACGUCUGAACAUCACAAGUCCCACCAUAAAGCUGACAGACAUCCAGGACAUGAUCUUCAAAAACAGUUCAGACUGUGAUUAUGACACAGAGCAGGCUGUCUGUGAUAACAUUACUCAGGCAUUCAGUCACUUUCGGGAGAUACAUUUGGAAUGCCAUGGAACUGAAACACGCCUUCACAGCUGUAUGGUUGCUCUGAUGCUGGACGAGCAGCUGUGUGUGUGUGUGGUCAGCCGAGUGAUGGCGUACCGGCUGCACCGGAGUGAAGGGGUCUUUUACGAUGGCCUGCUCACACGAAUGGGUGAGUCACAUGAGUGCACUUCCCCAGUGUCUGAAGACAAAAAAAAAAAGAAUUAUAAUCCAUUCACACUCUGUCAGAUAUUAUAUUUUGUAUGAGGUUUUGAUUGAUAUUACAACAUUACAAGAUCUUUUUACCACUGAUCUUUUUACCACUGACUGUGGAAUUACUUGGACAAAAAAAGAUCCAGCCCAUGUACACUAUAGAUUUCCACAGAAUUUCAUUAAAAUAUGCCAUUUACCAUGUUUGUUUUUUCACCCAUGCAGCCAUAUGUGGUCGACCCAGUUCAAGCGGCGUGAGGCUGCUGGACUCUAACCUCACCUGGUUCUCCUCCCCCUUCAGUGCUCUGGCUUCUGUGGUGCUAUAAACAGCAGUCCUCUAAGAUGCAAAAAGGAUGAGACCAAGGCUGUGCUUCUCAGUGAGAGCUGUCAGGAACCACCAUGGUCAAGAAACUAUAGCAACCCAGUGCAGUCGCAACCUACCACUAACCCAACAGACUUCAGUACAUCAUCAGUGCCGAUAACCACAGGCACACCACAUACCCCUACACAACGUAUUACUUCGCCGGCUUCCCUAAACAUUUCACACAAUAACAUCACAGCAGUGUGGCAGAACACCACACAAUUUAACACCACAACAGAGUUACCACGCACCUCACACAACACCACAUCAGCACAGAAUAUCACAGAAUUUAAUACCACAGCAUUACAGCAAAAUCACACCCAGUUUUACACCACCAUGCUCCCACUGAAUUCCACGCAAUUUAACACCACAGAUGUUCCUCAGGACAUUAUACAAUUUACUACUUCAACACAAAACAGCACCCUGUUUAACUCCACAACAGUAUGGUGGAACGAAACACUCUUUAACACCACGACACCCCCAUUAAAAACCAUUAACUCUACAACAACAACAACAUGGAACAGUACAGAGUUCAACACAACACCACUUCAACUGAACACAACACAAAUGUAUACAACAAUAAAUGAAUCCCUACAAAAUGUAACGCACAUCAACACAACUGCUUUCCCCGCUACUGCUAAGCAAUCUGACACCACUGGCAUUCCAAAGAACUCAUCAGACUUCACCACAGCAGUUGUAUCGCCAACUUCAUCACCUAAUAUCACCGACACAACACCACUUCAACUGAACACAACACAAAUGUAUACAACAAUAAAUGAAUCCCUACAAAAUGUAACGCACAUCAACACAAAUGCUUGGCCCGCUAAUGCUACGCAAUCUGCCACCACUCACACUCCUCUGAACUCAUCAGACUUCACCACAGCAGUUGUAUCACCAACUUCCUCACCUAAUAUCACCACUUCAAGCCCUCAGCUGAAUACAACAGAGUUGUUUACAGCUCCCUCAUCAUAUCUUAAUACGACCUGGGACUAUAACGCAACAGCCUUUCCACUUACUACAGCGUCAGCCUCUCAAAACACAAGUUCUUUACCAGUGGAAGUUAAUACUAAUACUGGAACAAAUGGCUCCCUGACAAGCAACUACACAACAGGCCACGUGCUGAACCAGACAGUUGCCCCGGCAACAACAUCUGAGCAGAAACUAACAUCACAGUAUAACAACACAGUUGUUCCAGACAGGACCGCCACCCUUACGACCACAACCACCACCACAACAACACAGUCUACAGCUCGGCCUCCUGAUCCAGUGGAGCCAUCUUUGACUACCAUCGCUACAAUCCCUACAGAAACCACAACCACAACCAUGACUACAACAUCAAGCCCUGGUGAACAGGCCGACCAGCUGCUGGACCAGACCAAGGACGUGUCGGCGCUGAACUCGUCCCAGGUGGCAGAUGUGGUGAACCAGCUGGAGAAGCUCCUCUCCAGCCCGAACGUGAGCCUGGAGGUGGGCCGUGCCAUGGUGUCCGUCAUCAGCAACCUGCUCAACGCUUCAGCCAGCUCCCUGGGCUCCUCUUCAAAAAGGUUAAUCAAAGCUGUCGAUACUCUGGCUCUGAAGCUGAUUGUCGAGCAGGGCAAUCAGACAAUCGUAGCCGACUCACUCGUGUUAUCCGUGAAUGAAAUAGAUGGAAACAUUUUCAAUGGGGGGUCCUUUUCCGUCGCAAUCAACCCAAACCAACAGAGGUCCCAAGCAUCCAUCAGGAGAAGAAGAAGAUCGGAGAGGGAAUCCACCCUGGCUGAGGGAGACUUGGCUAUGAUCACGCUGCCCUCCACCCUGACAGAGAACCUCAGCCCCCAGCAGCUGAAGGAGGUAUCCCGGGUCCAGUUCAACUUUUACUCCAAGACCACAUUAUUUCAGGAUGGAUCCCUAGACCAGCGUAGGCUCAAUAGCCGUGUUCUGAGCGGAAGCAUGUCCAACUUGUCCAUCAGCAACCUCACAGAAGGCGUGGAGAUUAUUCUUAAGAAUGACAAUCCAAUCCCGGAAAAUGGCACAGCUGUCUGCGUGUUCUGGGACUUGGGCAAAAAUGGAGGCGCGGGAGGCUGGAGCUCAGAGGGGUGUUUUGUGAAGAACACAACCACCGCAAGCGAGACCAUUUGCAGCUGCAAUCAUCUCACCAGCUUUGCUGUCCUGCUGGAUGUCUCAAGAGAAGGUAUCACAGACCGCCAGCAGGCCACGGUCCUGUCCUUCAUCACCUACAUCGGCUGUGGCAUCUCAGCAAUUUUCCUAUCCAUCACCCUCCUCACUUACAUAUCCUUUGAGAAAAUCCGCAGAGACAUCCCCUCCAAGAUCCUCAUCCAGCUGUGCCUGGCCCUGCUGAUGCUGAACCUGGUCUUCCUGCUGGACUCGUGGCUGGCGCUGUACCCGGACGCCGUGGGCCUGUGCAUCUCCACGGCCUUCUUCCUGCACUACUUCCUGCUGGCCUCCUUCACCUGGAUGGCCCUGGAGGCCCUGCACAUGUACCUGGCCAUCGUCAAGGUCUUCAACAGCUACGUGUCCAGAUACAUGCUCAAGUUCUCCCUCAUGGGCUGGGGCAUUCCUCUUCCUGUUGUAAUCAUCGUGAUAUCAGUGGAUACAAAUAAUUAUGGCCUCAUCACCUACGGAAAGUACACUGAUGGGACUACAGACGAUUUCUGCUGGCUCAAGAAUGAUAUUGCCUUCUACGUGGGCGUGGUGGCGUACUUCUGCCUGGUCUUUGUGCUGAACCUGGCCAUGUUCAUGGUGGUCAUGGUGCAGCUGAAGCGGAUCAAGCGGCAGAACCCCCACAACAACCAGCACCGCUCGAGCCUGCACGACCUGCGCAGCGUGGCCGGGCUCACCUUCCUGCUGGGCCUCACCUGGAGCUUCGCUUUCUUCGCCUGGGGGCCUGUCAAGCUGGCGUUCAUGUACCUGUUCGCCAUCUUCAACUCUCUGCAAGGUUUCUUCAUAUUUGUGUUCCACUGCGCUCUGAAGGAUAAUGUCCGCAGACAGUGGAGAAUGUAUCUGUGCUGUGGCAGACUACGGCUUGCUGAGAAUUCAGAUUGGAGCAACACGGCCACUAAGACUACUACUAAGAAGACAUCCUUGGCCACAACCUCCUCUGUCCACUCCUCCAUCUCAGCCCUGACCCACAGAGCCUCCAGGGACUCUUUUGUGACUGGAGAUGUUCUAGAACAUUCUAACGGCAUCCGUUCCCCAUUGGAGGACAGUGUGAUCACAGCUUUGGAGGACUCUCAUGGUGAUGUUGUUCUCAAUGAGAUCAGCCAUCGCCAGAGUUCCACAAGACUGCAGUGACUGAAGUAGAAAGACACAUGGGCCAACUUUCUCCUUGUGUUGACCCUGAGGCCCAUCGCUAGUUAAACACUGUGUGUAAAUCACUUUGAAUUGAAGUGAUACUAAAAGAUACUCUUGGAGGAAAACUGAGUGACAGCAAUGAGGACCUAUUGUCAGCUGCAGAAUCCUACAGGUUUGAAUAAUUGAUAGGUCCCACGCAAAUGUUCCUCGCUCACUGUGGACUGACGUUGAGAGAACACAUGAGUUUCCAUCAAAUGCAUUUCCCAUUAGGCCCAAGGAACAGAAUUAUUGUCUUGACUUAACAGAAGCCUGAGUCCCGACCUUCAAAUCCCUGUAUAAUUGUCCACUGAUCCACUGGGGAGUAGUGACCGCUGCGUUCUGAAAUGUUGGACCCAGGCCACAGCCAAUGUUAGACAGGGGCUAAAGAUGAAGAUAACCUCUGGGUUUCCAAGCUGGCUGUGCUGAGGUAUCAGUGUUGGAGCAGAACUAACAGAUUAAAAGUGUCUCUGCUCUUGCCUUACAUUUAGUUGUGCAUUGUAAAUAACCAUUCGUAAGUUAUUAUAGAUGUCUAUAAGUCCAUAUAGCCCUUAUUUGGGUUUUAGUGAUUGUAGACUGAUAUGUGAAGAUUAGAAAGCACACUAGUUUGUAAUGAUUGUUUUUUUAAGUUGUUUCUUGUUGUUGUUGUUGUUUUUUUUAUGAAGAGCUUGGUUGUGAAGAAACUGUUAUUCAAGUGGUAUCCAACUCAUUCCAAAGACCAAAGGCCCUUCAGAAUGUCUUAUUUUUUUAAAAGGCCUUUUCUUUUGGAAGUUCUAUGUAUGGUACUUCUCACCAAUGAUUUCCUAUCAGCAAGGUUUAAAUUAAGCUCUUGUUUCCACAUGCUAUAUCUUUAGACAAUGUUCUUCCAUAUGUUGAAAAUGCCAUACAUGGUAAUAACUUUAAACAGCACUUUACAGGCGAUUAGCAUCCAGCAGCUUUGGUUAGUAGGUAUCAUCUGAGCCAGCUAUCCUUUGAUUAAGACAGAUACAUGCUGUUUUGCAAACUAAGGUUUCCUUCAUCUGAGAUGACAAUGCUAAUAGCAUAUGUUGUCAUUUAAUGAAUGUCUCAACUACCUUUUUGUUCCAAUGUACCAUGUAUAGAAUAUGAAAGAACAUACAGUACAUUAAUGAUGUUGUCAGUCUUAUAUUCUGUUAGAUUAUCAAAGAUUACGUUUUUACUCUGAGCUUUUCUGUUUCUGUUUUUCACAGUCAAAUUUUGCUAAAUUUAGAUGUUAAUAAAUAAAAAAAAACAGGAAAUAGUGAUGGAAAAGGGAAAACACCCUUUUUAUUACUAUAUUUCACGUUUCAGAGUGGUGGCGAUACACCCUUUAACAAAGUACAGAAAAAGAUGACUGAUGAGAUUUAGAUUGAACUUGUUAACCAACUUUCAAGCAGCAGUCUGUGUAAGUAUGAGUGUGAAUACAUGCUGAACAAUAAUACAAUAUUUUUAAACCCUGAA